UGUCUCUUUGGUUGUCCGCUGAAACGUAAUUGGAGCAUAUCUGUCAUAUGACCCUGGUGUUUGACUGUGACGUACGCUGAGUUGCUCAAACAAGAGGGACACAGGAACACAGUGUGCAUUAAAUUGCUCCUUGCAUGUAGCAAUGGGUCAGGAAGCAGGCAAGACGUCCUGGCCCAAACCAACUGGAGGUUACCAGACGAUCACAGGGAGAAGAUAUGGCAGGAGACAUGCAUAUGUUAGCUUCAGGCCCACUCCAUAUAAGCACAGAGCUAUGUCCAAUGUGGAUUGUCAGGAAUUGGAAACACACACUGACCAUGAGGAGCACACCGUUGGUAUGAAUCAGCAAGCUCUUUUAGAGGGGAACAUUUCAUCAGUGUUUCCAGCCAUCGUUCAAGUGCAGUCCUCCAAAUCAGUGGACCUGGAGUCAAAAACAAAUCAAGAAGACUAUGUAAGAUACCCAUCAUCCUCACACAUGAUGACAGAGUGUGAAAAAUGGAGUAGUAAUUCUGACUGUAACCCUAGUGCUGAGAAAAGUGCCGGUGCUUUGGCAGUCAGUGAUGAGGUGGACUGGAAGCCACCUAAUGUGGGCAUUCUGAGCUUUGUGAACAUUGAUUCCUAUGAACCGGACAGCAGUGGCGGUGAGGAGGAGGACUUGAACUCAGACCAAUCUUGUGCCAUUCCGAAAAAACUAGACAUGAUUUGUCACCUUGGGAAAGACGUGGAUGACUUUGGCCACUCACACACAAAUGUGCAUACAGAAUUCUGCAAAUUGUCAGAUUGCUCAGCCAAAGAGAUGCGUCCUAAGUCUGAUCAAGAGCAUACACACCCCCAGAGGACUGGGAAAACCUAUGGGAAAUAUAGUCUCCUGGGCAAAGUCCAGUCAGAUUCAUUUAAUGAAUCAACAUGCAGUGGUGGCCCUUGUUCCUGUAUAGACCCAGAAUGCACCAGCAUGCAGGAAGCAGUUCAGUCAGAAAUGGUGGUCAGGCCAAAAAUCCGAAAACAGACAAGUGAGAGCCAUCUUGAAAAAAUAAAGUACUCGCAGUCGGAGGAAGCGAGUUGGAUAUCGGUUGCUAAAUCUUUCGAGAGCACAUGUGGCUCUGCACCUCCUUUCAUCCUCUCACAUGCGACCAAAACAGAUUCCCUCUUCAACUUCCCUCUUGAUGAAUGCACUUCGGACAAGACAGAACAGGCAGAGCGAAACAGCAAAGUGAAAGCAAACUAUGAUGAUGAUGACGAUGACUUCUGGGAAGACCUAGACAACUUUGAGGAGAAGUGUGCAUCACCUGAAAAAGGGAAUGAGAGCUCAGAGUACAGUGAAGGCGAAUGGUCUGCCUCAUGGACGUCAGACUCGGGGUUGGAAAAGGAGCGAUGCUCCAGUGAGGAGAGUUGGGAGACGCUCCCUGGCCUGGAUGAGCUACCCAGUUCCGGCUGUAGCUUAGAGGACAUUCCCCCACUCAGCCUCAUAGAGGGGGAGCAAAUUGCUCUGGAAGAAGGCGAAAUCCCAUGGCUAAGGUGUAAUGAGGAUUCUGACAGCAGCAGUGAUGAAAACCCAGACAACGCGAGUCAGUUUGUGCACCCAGGCCUCUUCAUCAUGGACAGCAGCAACAAUUUGGAGGAUGACUCAAGCAUGAGUGAAGACCUGGACACUGAGUGGAGGUUGCUGGAUGACUUUGAAGAAGGCUUUGGCAUUGCUCAGGCCAUCUCCUAUGUGGACCAUCCACAGCUUCUCACUUACAUGGCAUUAGAGGAAAGACUUGCACAGGCUAUGGAGGCAGCAUUAGCUCAUCUUGAGUCACUGGCCAUAGAUGUGGAGCAGGCUCAUCCACCGGCAUCAGAGCAGAUCAUUGACUCCCUACCCCACAUCAAAGUGCUAGACGACCAUAGGGGACAGGAGCAAAGCUGUGCCGUUUGCUGUUGCGAGUAUGUCAAUGAGGAGAUAGCAACACAGCUGCCAUGUCGCCACAUGUUCCACAAACUCUGCGUCACCCUCUGGCUCAGGAAGUCUGGCACGUGUCCAGUAUGUCGCCAUGUUCUAACCCCUGCUCUGAGCGAACCCACAUCGUUCCUCUCCAACCCAGAGAAUCCCUGAUCCAGUCCCAGCGUAGCAGGACAAAGCCAGUGAACAGCUGCAGCCAUUCAAAAUACUUCAAGAAACAUUUGGACAACAAUCACUUGCGUCUUCACAAACAAUGAAUUAUGCUUUAAAUAUGCCUCUUCUGCUUUUACGAUGUAUAAGGGGAUGUUCAGUCUCAAUUAACAUUCUCAUGUUACAGCUCAUGGCCACAAAGAGGCAGUGCAAGAUCAU